UAUUUCCGUGCCAUGUUUCACGUGGAGCACGAGAGAAAGUUAUCUUUUCAAGCAAUUAAUAAAUACAAAAAUUUGAUGUAACUUAAAAAAGAAAGUUUGGACUUUUUGGGACGUGAUUAUGUGACAUCCGGCUUUCAUAAUCAUUUUUGCUACAAAUCUGGGGUAAAUUUGUUGAGGGGAGGGACGUUAAUUUGAAGCUGAUAUGUCGCUCUUUCUUGUAAACAGGUAUCUUGGUGAGGAGGAGGAUGGAAACACCUCAAAAUUGUCUCAGUCCCAGGCUUUGCUUGCUAAACUGCAACAGAAAGCAAAACAGAAGCAGAAACAUAGUUUGACUGAACAGCAAACAUGUCUGAAUGAAGAACAAACUGAUAAUCAGGACGUCAAAAAGAAAGAAGUGACUGUCAAAGACAAAAGUCAAGAGCAUUACCAGCACCCAAAAAAGAGGAAAUCAGAAGUAGUAACUUUCUGUGAUUUUGACUCUAAUAAUCAUGAUGAGCCUGUCAAAAAGCAAAAGAAGAAAAAAGGCACCAAUGAAGAAAGUAAGGACCAGUCAGGUAAGUCGUCUGAUCGUGUUUUUCCUGUGAGUAAAACAGAUGGUCAGAAGGACAAAGAUGGGAAUGAGUCUGAAGAGGCAGCAAAAGACUCACCAAAACCAGGUUCAGAGGACACUUCUCUCUCAGCUGGAUUUACUGUUCUUGGAGGAUUUGAAAAUAAACCUGUUCAGAAGGUGCACAGAGUCCUGCCGCAGUGGCUAGCUGAGCCCAAUGUGAUUCACAAAGAAAUUAAAAGCCACUUGGUUCCCAUUUCUGAUGUCCCAGGAGUUUGUGCUCAGAUGCUCAAAAACCUGGAGAAUAAUGGAAUUCAUCACUUCUUUCCAGUGCAAGCAGAGAUCAUUCCCGCCAUCUUGGAAAGUGCCCAGCAUGGGCUGCUCAUUGGCAGAGGUGGCUACAGACCCAGAGACAUCUGUGUGUCUUCACCAACAGGCAGUGGCAAGACUUUUUCAUUUGUCAUACCUGUCAUACAGGUACUAAUGGAGCGAGUAGUAUGUGAAGUCCGGGCUUUGGCUGUGUUGCCGACCAAAGAGCUUGCCCAGCAGGUUUACAAAGUGUUUACGUCAUAUGCAGAGGGAACAGCUUUAAAAGUGGUGAUGCUGGCUGGUCAGAGGUCCUUCGCUGCAGAGCAGGCUUCACUGUCAGAGACCAGAGGCGGCGUGCGGCGGAGUGCAGCAGACAUAGUUGUGGCCACUCCAGGUCGACUGGUUGAUCACAUCAGCAAAAAUUCAGGCUUAUGUCUGCAACACCUCAGGUUUCUUAUUAUUGAUGAGGCUGACAGGAUGAUUGACAGUAUGCACCAGUCGUGGCUCGACCAGGUAGUUAAGGCGGUGUUUAGUACAGGAGGUGGACCAGAAGCAAGAACUGUCUUCAAGAGAAGAGAGCCAGAACACAUGACAGCAGCAAGUCUCUCUCCACCUCAGAUGCCGUUGCAGAAGCUGUUGUUUUCAGCCACACUUACUCAGAACCCAGAGAAGCUGCAGCAGCUGGGCCUCCACCACCCCAGACUCUUCAGCUCCAUCCACAGUCCCUCCAGCAACACAUCAGCAGACCCCUCCCAAAAACAAAACCACUUUGACUUCCCUCAGAGUCUCACGGAAUAUUAUGUGCCCUGCACAAUGAGCAAGAAGCCCCUCCUCAUCCUCCACUUCAUCCUCCGUAUGAAGCUGUUCCCCAUCCUCUGUUUCACCAACUCCAGAGAGACGGCACACAGGCUCUUUCUGUUGGUGCAGCUCUUUGGUGGAAUUCAGGCAGCUGAAUUCUCCUCCCGGCUUUCUCCUGGGGAGAGGAAGAAGACCCUUAAAGACUUUGAGCAAGGAAAAAUUCAGCUGUUGAUCAGCACAGAUGCAGCUGCCAGAGGCAUUGACAUCAAUGGCAUCAAGUGUAUCAUCAACUAUGAUGCACCGCAGUACAUCAGGACUUACAUUCACCGGGUUGGAAGAACAGCGAGAGCUGGAAAAGCAGGGUUGGCCUUCACUUUUCUGCUACGAGUACAGGAAAACAAUUUCCUUCAAAUGCUGGUGGAGGCAGGACGUCCUGGGAUUCAAAAGCAGAUAGUUAAACCAGAGACCCUGAAGGGUAUGGAAGGUCGGUAUGAACAAAUACUACAAGAGCUGGCUGAAGUUAUCAAGGAUAAGAGUACAAGACGAUGAACUCACACAGUCCAGACAUCAAUCACUGAUUUUUCUCCGAUCGCAGCAGUAGUUGGAGCUUGUUUAAUGUCAUAUGACUGCAUGUACCCAGAGUCCACCUGACUCUGACACCAGCCGGAA